ACGUUUUAGUAAAAAUUAAUAAGUAUAACAUUAUAAACAAAUGGCAACUGAAGAAGAACAGCUUAGUCAGGUUAUUUUGCCGGUAAAGGAGCCACUGGAUCUUAUACGCCUGAGUUUGGAUGAGAAGGUGUACGUCAAAAUGCGCAACGAGCGUGAGCUGAGGGGACGAUUGCAUGCUUUCGACCAGCAUUUAAAUAUGGUGCUUGGUGAUGCCGAGGAAACUGUUACCACUGUUGAAAUUGAUGAGGAGACAUACGAAGAGGUCUACAAAACUACAAAGCGUACCAUUCCUAUGUUGUUCGUGCGAGGAGACGGCGUUAUAUUGGUCUCACCGCCAAUGCGUGUGGGCUAACGAAUAGUGCUUUUAAAAUGUGUAAAUUUAGAUCGACUGCAUUUAUGGGAAUUGUGUUUAGAUUUGUUAAUAAAGAACUAUAAAGCUCAUAGUAUAAAGU